AUGUCGCUUUUGGGGGCUGGUGAGGAGCCUUGGUAUGGCUGUGAUCGUGGGGACUCUCAGACGCCGCCUGUGCCACUCGGCGUGGUCAACAAGCUGGACGACGCGGAGAAGAGGGAACAACAGUGGCAGAAUGACGCCACGGUGAACGAGUGGCGGAAGGCGCCCGGCGAGGCGGGCACGCUAGGCCGAUUCGGGAAGUCGCGCACCGUUGGCGGCCUCUUCGCCACCUUCCACGCCAUCCGCAUGGUGGAGGAGUUCGAGCGACGGAAGCAGGCUGGCCGGGCGGACGCUGAUGCGGCCCUGCAGCCAUUUGACAAGACUUUUUUUUAG